CAAACCUACAGACGCUCUCACACCAGCCACUACUUUGAAAUAAAACCAAGCCCAACAACCUCGCAUAGGAGUGUGCAGUCAAUCUACUCUCACACACUCCAAAACGGCUUAAACACCCCUUAUCAAAAUGUCCGAACCCGGCCCCGAAUCAAUCCCUACCAGCGCAGACCCGCGCAGCAAACGUCCCACCAAACGCCGCGCCGUGACAGCGCACGAUGAACACGCAACACAAAUCGAGUCUCUCUUCCGCGAUCCCACAAAAGAAAUCAAACUUCCGGACCCCUCCAAGCAACGGACCUCGACAUCGCUUCCCCCGCCGCCAGAGAUUGUCGCCAACGUCCAGGGUUCCUCUGCUGGUGCGGGGUCGGGAGAAUUCCAUGUCUACAAGGCGAGUCGGCGGAGGGAGUACGAGCGCCAGCGGCUGAUGCAGAGCGAGGUCGACAAGGAGAAGGAGGAUAAGGAGUGGGAGCAGAAGCGGGAGGAAGCGCGGAGGAAGGAUGAAGAGAAGACGGAGAAGAAUCGGAAGAAGAGGGAGAAGCGGAAUGCCAAAAAGGGGAAGAAGGGUGGCAGUGGUGCGACGAAUGGCGGGGAUAAGAUGGCUGUUGAUGAGACGGGGAAGAAGGUGGUGGAUGGUGCUGAUGGGGAUAAGAAGGAUGUAAUUGAGAACGGGGAUGGUCCUGAGGAGGUUACUGAGGUGCCAGGGGUGAUUAUCCAUGAUGACUGAAUAGGGAAGACGGACAUAUACACGGGCUGCUGGGGAAACGGGCAUACGAAGAAGGCUAGGGAGUGUACGAUAUGAAGAUACCCA